AUGCCGUUAGAUCCGGAAGAAGAGAAUAUUGUUACGCCAGCUGGAAGGCACAGAAGCAAGGAGCGUGCUUCCAUUAUCAAUGAUGACGAAAAUGAGCAGGAUUAUUUGGAUAGUACAGAUAAGUAUGAUAAUUCACAACACAUAGAAACAAGCAGGAAUUCAAAUGAGGGUAAUGAUGAUCACGAUGCGCCUGAACAGCUGAAGGGAAAUAACGGUGGAUAUUCUUGGGAAGAUGAAUAUCGUAGAUCGUGGGAUAUAGUGCAAGAGGAUGAGAGUGGAAGUUUAGAAACGAUUGUUUCCGGACUUGUUGAGUCACAGAAGAAAAGAUAUUUGAAAGAUACUACACCUUUUCAACGUGGAAUUAUCCGUGUAAAUGUUCUUGUUUUAGAUUACUCUAAAGUCAUGCGAGAAAAAGAUUUACGCCCUAAUAGAGCAGCGAUGAUGAUAUCAUACGCCAUUGAUUUUGUUAAUGAAUUUUUUGAUCAGAACCCUAUAUCUCAGCUCAGUGUGGUGAUCAUGCGCAAUGGAUUAGCCCAGAUCGUUUCUGAAGUCAGUGGAAAUCCGCAUGAUCACAUAGAGGCGCUAAAGAAAUUAAAAAAGACAGAUCCGGAGGGAGAUCCAUCGCUCCAAAAUGCGUUGGAAAUGUCACGAGGUCUUCUUCUUCAUGUUCCGUCUCACUGCACCAGGGAAGUUUUGAUUAUAUUUGGAGCAUUAUUUACGUCGGACCCUGGAAAUAUUCAUUCAACCAUUCAGGGAUUGGUACAAGAGAAGAUCAGCGUACGAGUCAUUGGCUUGACUGCGAGAGUUGCUAUUUGUGAUGAACUUUGUAGACUGACAAAUCAUGGAGAUUUGAAAAACUCAUACAAUGUUAUAUUAAAUGAGCAACAUUUUAAAGAGUUGUUCAUGGAUGCUGUCACUCCUUUGGCAAUUACGAAAACCGAGUCACAAAAUAAGCGAGGAUUUUCAUUAGUUAAGAUGGGUUUUCCACAAAGAGUCAGUGAACAGAGCCCUAGUUUUUGCGCAUGUCAUUCAAGAUUGGUAUAUGGAGGGUACAUAUGUCCAAACUGCAAAAGUAAAGUAUGUGUCUUACCUACAGUUUGUCCCUGUUGUAACCUAACGCUCAUUCUUUCAACUCAUCUCGCGCGUUCAUAUCAUCAUUUAUUUCCUUUGACGCUUUUUGUCGAAGUACCAAUCUCCUCAUCAUAUCCGACAAAUACUUGUUUUGGUUGUCACGUCAGAUUUCCGAAAGGUGUUGAACCGUCGUGGCGUGCGACUGACUCUCAUAAACGCAAAAAGGAAAUUCAAUCAAGUUCCAGAUACCGUUGUACCUUGUGUGGCUGUGAUUUUUGUAUUGAUUGCGAUGUUUUCAUACAUGAGGUUUUACAUAACUGUCCAGGCUGUGAAUCCCGAAGUAGGAAUCAUAAACUAAGUGCGAGUAAACAAUUAACGAGCAAAGAUUUAAUCGAUUCUGAAAAGAAUCGGAUUCAUAUUCAUAAUAUAAAUAGUUAA